AUUGCUCUUUAUCCACUCCAAAAUAUGAGAGGAGGGAAAUUUCUCAUUUUCAUCGUCAAUGGCUGCCGUCGCAGGUUGUAGCAUGGCGCUCCCCAUUCCACAUUCAGGGAUUUAUACGCAGAGCUCGGGAACUAGAGGGAUUCAUGGCCUGCAGAGGAAAGCGUCAAGCAGUAGGAGGCGUGGACAUUUGCAAGCCUCCAAGGCUGCAGGAGCAGAUAAUCAAGCCCCGAAGCCAAAGAGUGUGAUAUGCACCGAUUGUGAUGGAAAUGGUGCGGUUCAGUGUUCACAGUGCAAGGGUAGUGGAGUGAACCCAGUUGAUUUCUUCAACGGUCAAUUCAAAGCUGGAGAUUCGUGUUGGCUUUGUGGAGGGAAGCAAGAUAUGCUAUGUGGGAACUGCAAUGGAGCUGGCUUUAUUGGUGGUUUUAUGAGCACUUUUGAUGAAUAACUGGAGAUCGUUUGUGCGACAUGAAUGAAUUGCUCGUUAGAGAUUUCAAGUCAUUUGAAUAUCAUGUUCAGCCCUUCUGUUGCAGCUUUUGCAACUUGCUGUAUGUAUUUAUGUAUGGUCAUAAUUCAUUCAAAGUUGUUCCACUAUUACCCCAUUAUUACAUUAAUCGAUUGUUGAGUCUCCACCAGACGAUAAAAGCAAGUAGGAGGAGCUUUUACCAAGCCACCAAAUUGCACAGCUAUCUGUAGUUGUAUUAUUUUCAAGGGGAACUGCUGAAGUUCUGAUAUCUCUCUACAAAGUUCUGGGAAAUAGAACCAUGAUGACAAUGUCUGUUAUAUCUCUAUUAGUUUUAUUCUUUUAUUGUAUAUGCUGCCUUUUUACUGUGAAAUCUAAUCUGAAAAUGCUUAAUGACUCUCCAUGAACUUGCUCAUCUGACUCUGAAGCAAUUGAGUUGCAUCAGAUUCAGGAUGAAACACAUGGUAGAUGUGUGGCUGAUUCUCGGCUUCCACUAUUGCCACCUCCUUAACUCCUUUCUUUGCCAAGAACUCUCCGUACAUCACUCCCCUCUCCUUCAAGAAAUCCAGGCCAGCUACAUACACAGUCACGGCUGGGAAUGCACUCCAUUCAGCAGCAGAAACAUCUAGUUGCUUCUCAAAGUUGCAGCCGUAGUAAUCACGUGUUAACCCUUCAGCACUAUCUCCAGAUAGGAAGAUCCGCGAGAUGUCAGCUGCUUGAAGCCAAGGGUCAGAAUCAUAGGUGACUUGCUGUUUCAACCAUUCCAAUGAGCUGUAGCAAUCCUCAUAAGCUAUUGGCAGGCGGUUUUCUGGUGCAAGGCGAUAGUCCACUGAGACGAUAAUGCUUUGAGAUUUGACACAGAAGUCUCCAAGGAAAUGGUGGUAGCCCAACCAGGUGGUCGAGCCAAUGCAGAAACCACCACCAUGGAAGUAGACCAGAACCGGGAGCUUAAGCUUUGACCCUUGGUCAGCUGGGAUGAAUAUCCGAGCAGUUACUGGCUUCGAUGGGUCAAUCGUAACAUCCUUGAACUUGAACCCAUUUGGCGACAAUGAUUCUUCCGAGGAAUGAGGGACUGAUUCUGGAUAGAAGCGUUUGACUGAGCCAUCCGAGAACAGCUGGAAGAAGCCAGGUGCUUCUGCAACUAUGGACAUGUUCAAAUGAGGAAGAGAGAACAGUGUUGAAGCAUUAAAGUUUUAGAUAGACCAAGGAAAAGAGUUGUGUGGAUAUAUAGGCUGGCUGGGGAAACGGGUAUGUCAACCAGGCUGUCCUCAAAACCAAAGAGGAUGGUUGGUUGUUUGAAGUUGGCUUUAGGUUGCUAUUUGGCAUCUGUGUUUAGGUUGAUCAUAUGAAGAGUACUGCAUUGUAGAAUAUGUUUUGCUAUGAGCUAUACAGAUACAGUUUAGUUGAGGGGA